GCAGCUCGACCAGUAUCACCGCGCAAAACUCCUCUCUGAUGCCUCGUCUCGGCCCGAAUUCCUGAAUUCAACAGCCGCCACCGCCGUGGAGGCUCGUCUGUGUGCGGCCUGAGCCAUUUCGCCGAGCUCUUCUCCGCUGCGACAGGCCCUUGACAUCAUCGGAAUCUGCGAAAUCCCCAUAUUUGCACCUUCACCCCGGUGUGCCGGUACGUUCGCCCACACAACCUCCCGGCUGCGUGCCGAAUAACGCCUUACGACGCAUCCCGGUAGCUUGACUGCGGAUGUUGGACGCUCGCGUUGCAGUAUGAAUGGCUACUACCAGCGCCGGUACACCGCCGACGAUGCGGCGCAGCAAUACGCCGUCACCCUCAACGAGCCUGAUGCUCAACACAUGAUGGACAUGGCCGGUAUGGGAUCGAACAUACCGGCCGCGCAGAGCUUGGACGAGAUUGUGAACCAGAAUGCAAAGGAGAUGAGGAGGCGGAGCAUGCCCGUAGGAACGUAUCAGAACCCCGCAGCCAACGAAAUCGACGACUCGAUGCGCAGGGCGAGCAUGGUCGACAUGAUGGAUUUUUCUGCUGGCUCUCCAGACAUGGCCCACUUCAACUUUGACCACUCGGGCUUCGACUCAGCCAUGGUCGACAUGUCGCCGCAGGACGACGACGCCGCCUCGAGACAGCGGUCGAACGGUCACGCAAACAGCUUGUCCGUCAACGCCAGAUUUGCGACAUCGCAGCCGGACGGCUUCGGCUCGAUGAGCCAGCACUCGCACGGUUUCGACUCGGCCAUGGCAGGAGCUCGUCCGUUGGAUAUGGACAUGACAAGCCCGUAUCUCACAUCCGCGUUUCCGACGAGCAUGCCCAUGAGCAACGAAAUGAAUAUGAUGAGCCCAGAGAUGCCACAGGCAAACACGUUCAACCCGGAGCAGUACAAUUCGCCCAUGGUCCAAUCUCCAAUUCACCCGGCGUACGCUUCAUCGAUGCUAGCCCCAUCGCUCCAAGACCCGGGCGGCGGCACGGCACCGGGGGCGACGAGGCGAGCAUCUCAUUCAAGCAACAACGCGAUCCCAGAUCCGAGGCAAAGUACUUCAAGAACGAGCAGUAACAACGAUUCGUCAAGCCAGAGCACCUCGCAGCAGGGUAGCGUGUCAACACAGCCGACGAACAAUUUGCAGCAGUCCGUCGCGUCCGCUUUCAGCCCGAAGAGGAUGGCGCAAAAUCCGCCAGGACCUCCAGAGAUGGUCAACGGGAAUCCGCUGCCGUGGACGGCACCUCCAGACGGUUGGCCGUCUUCUCAGAGGGGUCGGACGCACAUGGAUACUCAGUUCAAGGACGCUUACGCGCCUAGCGGGUACGAUCUGAUGAGUAUUCUGAUCCGCGUUGCCAACAGACCCAAACCUCAAAUCAACAUCGGCGCCGUAGACCUCUCCUGUGCUUUCGUCGUCUGCAACACGAAAGCGCACGACGCGCCAAUAGAAUACGCUUCAGAAUCCUUUGAGCGCCUUACUGGCUAUUCCAAGCAUGAAAUCAUUGGCCAGAACUGCCGGUUCUUGCAGUCGCCUGACGGUAGAGUCACACCCGGUGUCAAAAGAAAGUAUUGCGACGAUGACGCAGUGUUGUAUCUGAAAAAUUGCAUCAACACGCGAACAGAGGCCCAGAUCAGCCUGAUCAAUUACAGGAAAGGAGGGCAACCUUUCAUGAAUUUGCUCACGAUGAUUCCUCUUAUGGACGAUAAUGGGGAGACGUCGCAUUUCGUAGGGUUUCAGGUUGAUCUCGUCGAAAACCCCACGGCCAUCAAUGCGAGGAAUCCAGACGGAACGUACUCGAUCAACUAUCAAAGACACGAAAGCUUGCCAAGCUACUUCCUCGCGCCUCCCGGCGAAGGACUGAGUGCUGAGAUCUCACAGACCCUUCCGAGAGACGAAGUGUCCACUGUUCUCGGAACAAUCACAGGUGCUGGUGAAAACGAACUUUCGCGUCGCCUAAUGGAUAAAGUGCUCCUUGAGAACGCUGACGAUGUCAUCCACGUGCUCUCACUCAAAGGCUUGUUCUUAUACUUAUCGCCCUCGUGUCGUAAUGUUCUCGAAUACGAUCCCAGCGAACUUGUCGGUACCCCUCUUUCAUCGGUGUGCCACCCCUCGGAUAUCGUCCCUGUCACUCGCGAGCUUAAAGACCCAUCCAGCGGUCCCUCGCUGAGCGUUGUGUUCCGAAUUCGCAGGAAAAACAGCGGUUACAUGUGGUUUGAAUCUCAUGGUUCGCUUCACACGGAGCAAGGCAAAGGUCGUAAGUGUAUCAUCCUCGUGGGGCGGGAGAGGCCUGUGUAUACUCUCAAUAAAUCCGUGCUCAUGGAAGGCGGUGGCAUUGGAGAAAACGAGCUGUGGGCCAAGAUGUCCACCACGGGCAUGUUCCUCUUUGUGUCGAGCAAUGUGCGCCAGCUGCUAGAUCGGCAACCAGAGGAGCUAGUUGGCACGAACAUUCAGGCGCUCAUGCGUCCUGACUCGAAAGAGGAGUUUGGAAGAGUGCUUACGAUCGCUUUAACGGGCAAAAACACGAGUGUGCGGCACGAGGUCACGAACAAGAGGGGGCAGGUGCUUCAGGCGUUCUCGUGGAUCUAUCCUGGCGAUGCUACGGAAGGGAACAAGCCGACUUUCUUGGUUGUGCAGACUCGGCUAAUCAGGUAUCAUAGUGGGGGAGGAAACAGACAAUCUGUGAAAGGCGACCAAGGCCCCAGGGGUGAUGCAUUGACACGUACCUCAAGUUUGGUCACCGCUGGCAAUGCGACGCCAUACACAAAUCACAGUUCGAGCGCUCAGACCGUCGACACGUCGAUGUAUCGCUCUGCAGAAGGUUACGCUGUCACGCACGCUGGACAAGCAGGACUCGCCAUUGGUCGUCAGGAUAUGUCGCUCGCCUCAGAGGAUAACAUGUUCGAUGAGCUGAAAACAGUCCGUUCCUCGUCCUGGCAAUUCGAACUAAGGCAGAUGGAGAAGAGGAACAGGAUGCUGGCUGAGGAAGUACAAAGCCUGAUUGCAGCGAAAAAGAAGAGAAAGCGAAGACGAGGAGCGGGAAGUCUGCAAAAAGACUGCGCAAAUUGUCACACCAAAAACACUCCGGAGUGGAGGCGGGGACCUAGUGGGCAGCGAGAUCUAUGUAACAGCUGUGGUCUGAGGUGGGCCAAACAGGUAUGAGUCUCAUAUAACGGCCGCGUCUCUCCACGCACGUCCUCGCAACAGAGCGCGAAAUCUGGACACACCGACAAGGCCUCGAAGGCAAGUGCGUCGCCACUCAGCGAUCACGUCACCGCAGGUGACCAGCCCAACAUCGCAUCUAUGACAGGAGGAAAUUCACUGCCUGUGACUCCAACCGCGGCCACGCCCGCUGAGAGGCGCAAUUCAGCGCAAGAAGCGAGUCUAGAGAGCCAUGCUGCAAAAGUUGCACGGAUGGAAGCCCCCGCUGUAGCUGGACUCGGCGGGGGAAUUCCACCAAAGAUUGAUGAGGAGUCGGGCUCGGGAUGAGAUUUGGGGACGGAGCCCUCUUUAUACACAACUCCCUGCCUAGCUUCAUUCGAUGUGUCUCCCUGUUGGCGCUCUUCAUCAACGGAUGCAUAUCACGUCACUACAUUUCAUUCCUGUUCCUGGGGACCUUGAUUCAUCGUGGGUUCUCGCAUCCUAGAACGGAUACCAAGGCAACGACUGCAAUUUUUUUUUUUUCGAUUUAAGGCGAAUUAUAUAGGCGCAUGAUACCAGGCACGAACUUUCUUCCACGGGUCAAUUAUCAUUCUAGCUCGAACAGGCAUCUCGCGCGGCAUACUCUCAGACAUUAUGCUCUGGUCGCAUUUCUUGGGAGUUUUUUUUAACCUCUCCACACAUACCACACACCACCCUCCCCCCUGACGUUAUUUGCAUGACUUUGAUCUCCAAGAACGGGAUUUUGGAGGCAUCAGAUCAAAGGUCAUAUCGAGUUUCGUCGUAUCGAAAAUAGACCGUCAGGAAUUCGAUAGCCCUUUCAAACUUUCACGCUAACUGAUGCCGUGAAGGUUGGCCUCAAACUUGACACGGCAACGCCGAGAUGCCUGACUUUGUUCUUACCUUUCAAUGGUGGCAGACGCCAUUUUGCUGGUGGCCAUCGGAUGAAAAUUGCUGUAUCUAUAUCUUUACAAUGGCUUUUAGGCUAUUUUUGUGAGAUGAAUAAUGAUAUAUAAUAUGAUGCUGAUCACG